AUGAAAAGCCGCCCGUGGGAUGUCCCCAGCAUCAGUUACCAGCUCACCAACGAUGUCGCCCUCGUCAAGUGCAAAGGCAAGAAUUCUCGUUAAGGACGACAACGAUGUGGUUAUCGUCGCUGCUGUCCGUUCCGCUCUCACCAAGAGCAGGAAGGGUGGCUUCAAGGACACGCGUCCUGAGGAGAUCUUGUCUGGUGUGCUGAGAGCAGCCUACACCAGGGCUCGCCUGAAUCCAGCUCUCAUCGAGGAAAUUGCCGUCGGUAACGUCCUUCCCCCCGGUGGAGGUGCUAGUGCCGCCCGCAUGGCCGCGUUGCAUUGCGGCAUCCCCCACACUACGCCACUCAACACUGUGAACAGGCAAUGCUCUUCCGGCCUCGCCGCUGUAAACCAGGUUGCCAACGAAAUCAUUGCCGGCCAAAUUUCUAUCGGAAUUGGUGCUGGCGUUGAAUCCAUGACAUUCGGAUGGGGUAGUGGAUCCCUACCUGAUGGUUGGUCAGAGGCUGUUCUCACCAACAAGGAAGCCGAGGAUUGUCUCAUUCCCAUGGGUAUAACCUCGGAGAAUGUCGCCACAGAAUUCGGCAUCUCGCGGGAGAGGCAAGAUGAGUUCGCUGCUCAGUCUUUCCAGAAGGCUGCAGCAGCUCAGAAAGCCGGAAAAUUCAAGGACGAGAUCGUCCCUCUCAAAGUUAAAAUCACCGACCCAAAGACUGAGAAGGAAGUAGAGAUUGUAGUGGACGCAGAUGACGGGAUACGUGACGGCGUCACUCCCGCGAGCCUUGCUAAAUUGAAACCUUCGUUCAAGAAGGAUGGUUCAACACAUGCUGGUAAUGCUUCGCAGGUGUCGGAUGGCGCAGCAGCGGUCGUAUUAGCACGUAGAUCUGUUGCCAGACGUCUUGGACUUCCAAUCCUUGGCAAGUACGUCGCGGCUGUUGCGACUGGUGUUCCGCCUCGGAUCAUGGGUGUGGGCCCUGCAUAUGCAAUUCCUAAGGUUCUUGAGAAAACCGGUCUAUCCAAGGAAGACGUCGACUUCUACGAGAUCAACGAGGCUUUUGCGUCGCAAGCUAUUUACUCUGUAGAGAAGAUUGGCAUCCCGUUCGACAAGGUGAACAUCAACGGUGGAGCUAUAGCCUUUGGACACCCACUUGGAUGCACCGGGGCACGUCAAAUCGCUACGGGUCUCAGCAUCUCCAGACAGAGGAAUGAGAGAGUGUUUGUUACUAGUAUGUGCAUUGGCUCCGGGAUGGGCAUGGCGGCCGUUUUCGUCAGCGAGCAUUGAUGUAUUCCACUUGUAAUAAUUCGAAGUAUAGUGUGAUAAUGUAAUCCAGAGUCUUGGUGACGCAACACUACAGGACCCACUGAAGUAAAGUACCAGUCUGGUAUACAACAGUGA